AUGGGCGACGACGUGGGUGCUGCUGAGGUUCCGGGGGACGAAUGGAGGCCCGCCCGGUCCCUGGACAGGCUGCUCAGGGCACCAUUUCCACCACCGCGGAUUCGCACCCGGCCUUGGUGGUUUCCAGUGCAGGAGCUGAGAGACCCACUGGUGUUUUCCCUGGAGGCGUGGCUGGCUGACGCCAUCUUCGGCCCAGACCGAGCCAUAAUUCCAGAAAUAGAGUGGAUGAGCCAAGUCCUGCUGACGGUGGACGUAGUUAACUCUGGAGACUUAGUUGAAAUCAGUAUCUUCGGAUGGCCCCGAGUACAAAAUCGGGUGAAGAGCGUGCUCCUGAGCCUGGCAUCUUGGCACCGGAAACAUCGUGCCAGAGCUGAGAAGAUGAAACAACUUGAGGAGUUCUUGAAGGCUGGUGGGACAGGUCCCCAAACUCCUGAGCAUCCUGUUGCAUAA